AUGGAUCCCACGCUGGCACGGCUCAACGUCCUCAUAGUCGACGACAACCACCUCAACCUCCGGGUCAUGAAGCAGCUCCUUAAAACCAAGCUAUCCGCCUUCCUCCACCUGGACGCCCUCCAGACCGCAGACUCCGGCCUCCAGGCACUCGAGCUCCUCCACUCCAACCACUUCGAUCUGCUCUUCCUCGACAUCUCCAUGCCCGGCAUCUCCGGCCUCGAGGUCUGCCGCAGACUCAGAAACAACCCCAGCCACCCAUCCUCCAACAUACACAUCUGCGCCGUCACAACCGACCUGGCCGACUGGCAGGUUCAGCUCUACAAAUCCCUCGGCAUGCAUGGCGUCAUCGGCAAACCCCUCAAAAAUCAUGACCUCGAGUUCGCUCUCAAAGCCUCAGCACCCUCAAACCCCUCCUCCCCGAGCACCAACGACCACCGCAAGUUCCGCCAGCAGUCCGUCGUCAGUGACACCAGCCUGGUCGCCGGCGUCCUGGUCCACGAAGAACCCGCCUCCUCGACCUUCCUGCGGAUCCCCCGGCCGUGCUUCGACCAGCUCGACCUGAUCGACGAGGCCCUCAUCUCAGACUACCGGCCCUCCUUCGACUCCUUCGACACCUGCAGCACCUCCGGCUCCGUCAUCACCUGCUCAUCCCUCGGCCCCAACUCGGCCACCACCAUCGAGCCCUUGAGUCCCUCGUACUGCUCCGAGCACCCGCCCUUCGAACACUCCAGCCACAAGCGAUUCCCCGCCUUCCCCACCGCCCCCAUCCUCACCUCUACCCACGUCCCCUCAGGCCUGCGCUCACCCCGGAGGUGGAGCUCGCCACUGUACUCUCUCGGCUCACCCUCGGCCGACUCGCUGCUUGCGCGGGAAGAGAACGACGUGUUUGCGGCCGGCUUCCAGGCCGCCCUGAACCACAUGAGUUCCGACCAGGCCUGCACCCGGUGGGGCGAGGACUGUCUCUCGGCGGCCACCGCCCCUCCGACGACACACGACGAGUCGGCCUACGACGACCUGGACUCGCACGAGCACACGAUCACCACGACCAACCUGGCCAGCUGGAUAGCGUCGGAGGAAGAGGGGGAGAGGAAAGAGCGGGCGGCGGCGGCGGCGGAGGAGGACAACAUGUACCGAUGGGCCCGAUUGGCCGGCCCAAUCGGCUGCGACGACGCCCCCAAGCUCUCCUCAGUCACCCGCCAGCUCAUCUCGCGCCGCUCCCACCCCAUGCUACGCCUCGACCAUCUCGACCACUCCCGCACCAGCAGCUCCGCCGAGCCCAGCCCCACCGAGCUCCGCGUCGCGCCCGACCCCGACUCGCCCUUCAUGCGCAAGUCCAAGUCCGCGGCCGGCCUGCCCAUCCGGCCCAGCUGGCAACUCGUCCAACUCAGCGCUAUCAACUACCAGUCCAUCCUCAAGUCUGGAAACCUGCUCGACGAGGUCCUCGUCGGAUUAGACCUCGAAGACACCCCUUAA